UUCAUUUUCCUUCAUUUCCCUCGCUCGUUGGUCCUCUCUCUCUCUUCUCUUCUCUGCUAAGAAAGAGUUCUUCAGUGAUUCUUUAACUGUAAGAAUUCGAUAUGGCCAUGGCAGAUUCUCGUUCAUAUCUUGUUCUUCUGGGUUUUUGUGAAAUAAUUUCGGGAAUAGGACCUCGAAUUCGAGGGUUAGCGGAGGGAUUCACUAUAUGUACUCCUGGUAGUUGUCGAGUUAGGGGUUUCUGAGUGUCUUCCUGAUUUCAAGAAUUUUGGGUUAGAUAUGGCCAUGGUAGAUCAUCUCUGCUUGUUUAUUUCUGGUUAGAGCUGGAAGUGAGAGGAAAAUUUUGAAGUCAACUGUUUCUGUUCGUCUUCUUGACGAAUGCGUUUGAAUUCAUUGAUCUAGGGCUUCUGGGUUAUAAGUUUCGAGUUUCCUCUGCUUGCGUUUCUUGGUUCUUCAAGAUCAUUUCUGGGUGUUUGAAUGCAAGAGCGAGGAUAUAAGUUGAACUGUUUCUGUUCGUCUUCUUGAGGAUUGCGUUUGAAUUCAUUGAUUUAGGGCUUCUGGAUUCGAGUUUCCUCUACUUGCUUCUUGAUGAGAUCAUUUCUGGGUGUUUAAAUGCAAGAGCGUGGGAAUAUUUUAAAUGGCGGGGAAAAAAGAAUUAGGAGUUUUGAAUGCUUCAAACGUGAGGGAACUGUCGAACCAAAUCGCGCUUCGAAACGUGCGACACCAAGGCCAUGACUACGUCGAGCUGAGGGUAGAAGGCAAACGCCACAUCUUCUUCUGCAUACUGUGCUUCUCUCCAUGUUACAACGAGGAUACCCUGUUUGCCCAUCUCAACGGAAACCUCCACAGAGAAAGGUACACUGCUGCAAAAGUUACUCUUUUACUUCCAAAUCGGUGGCCUUUCAAUGAUGGUGUUUUUUUCUUUCACAAUUCCUCUGACCAAGAUUCACAACUAGUUAUUUCGAAUCAAAACAAAGAUGGGUUCUUGCUUUCUGACAAAAACUCUAAUCUUAAUCAUUGUAAGAAUUUGAGUUCUUCUGAGGAUAAUAAACUAGGACGUGCUUCGACUAGCAAUGGCACUAAUUUGAAUGCUGAUAGCGAGAAUAACAAUCUUUCUAUCCCUGGUGUUGUUAUUAGAGAUGAGAUUUCUGUUCUAGAGGUGAAUUUUAGUGGGUUUGGAGAAAUUUCUGCAAGAAUCUAUGAAGGUGAGGGGUUCUUUAACUGGAUUCGUAGAAUAUGGUGUGCUUGGCUGGGGAAAGAGAGGGAAGAAGAUCUAGGUGACAUGGUUCGGGAUCAUGACUUUGCUGUCAUCACUUUCCCUUACACUUACGAUCUAGGUAGAAGUGGUAUAUAUGAUAAUUUUAGCACGUGGCCCCGUUCUAGUGCUCAUACAGAUACUGAGACAAGUGAAGGAUCAAGGAAAAGAGGGAAGAAGGAAAAAGCCUGUUCUAGUGCUCAUACAGUUGUUGAGACAGUUGGAGGCCGUGGGAAGAAGAGAAGAAAGUCAUUCUCUGACCCAGAGGAUAUCAGCAAAUCUUUGAGCAGUCGAUGUGGUUCUUCUCGUGAUGGUUCUGUUGUUUCAUCUAGUUCAACUUCAGAAAAGAUUCAUAGGCGGGAGAUAAGAGACCAAGAGCGGGCAGCAGCUGAAAGAAUGUGCGAUGUCUGUCAACGGAAAAUGCUUCCAGGGAAGGAUAUGGCAACCUUGUUGAAUAUGAAGACAGGCAGACUUGCUUGCAGCAGUAGAAAUGUGAAUGGGGCAUUCCAUGUAUUCCACACUUCCUGCCUUGUACACUGGAUUCUUAUCUGCGAGUUUGAAAUCUGGAAAAAUCAAUCAUCCAAUUCGGAAACGACACGCGAAACUCUGAGAGAGAGCAGAUCCAAAUGCAGUGAAACUGAAAUAAAAGAUGGAAAAAGAGAAAGAGUACCAAUUUCUUCUGUAUUUUGCCCCGAAUGCCAAGGUACUGGUAUAAACAUUGAAGGUGAUCAUCAACUGCAACCACCAACUGUCCCUGUUUCUCAGAUGUUCAGUCUCAAGUUAGAAAUAAGUGACAAACACAGAGCAUGGAUGAAAAGCCCUGAGAUAUUGCAGAAUAACUCAACUGGUCUUUGCUUCCCUUCCCAGUCUGAAGAAAUGAUUAAGGAAAAAGUUUUACCUCUGAAGUUGCUUCAUUUCUAUAAAGCUGAUGUAUAGAACUUGGUACAAAUUUCCUCAAGACCAUAUAAGGUUCAAUGUAUAAUUAGCUUGUAGUUCUUCCCUAGAAGUAGCUGGAAAAUGGGUCACCUUACUCACAAGUAGCUUGUAGGUCUUACUUAGAAGUAGAAUGUAGUUUACUUGGAGCAUGUCUCCACAAACCCUUCUACUUUUAUGCCCAUUCCUUCCCCAUGACUUGAGUCCUGCAACAUUAGAGUCUGGUAUUGUGGUAUAGGACCUCAUGUGCCUCAGACUUGUGGGGUUUAUGGGUUUCAUGAAAGCUUCUCAAGGCUUAUAACCUGAUUCAUCUUUCAGUAUACUUUCUCCAUGCAGCCAACAUUGUACAUUCCUGCUGUUUAGCAGUCAUUCUUCUGCCGGUGUAGAUUAAGGAAAUAUCAUUGUAAAUGGAAUUGGUGUUGUUUGGUGAUAUGUUUAAAUCUUUAAUGUCGUGGUUACUUUUCUAACA